AUGGGCCAGAGUAGCAGAGCGGCCAUCAUUGUCCCCAGGGAGGGAGAGGGUUAUAAACACGACAUCAUCCUCGGCUCCCAGACGGACGUCCCGACCGUCUCCGCCACGCUUGGGAGGAAACCGCCCUCUGGAGGCCUCCGGUUCUUCCCCGCCUCUCCUCCGGCUCCCCUCCCUUCUCGGUGCCGGCUUAGCCCAACACUCCGUUCUGGCUGCUUCUCUGCUGCCAGAGCUUUACCCCGUGGGGGCACGAAGCCGCCGCCACCCCAGGCAGUUUGCCAGACUCCUUUCUCAGCUCCAGCCUUCACCAGGCUACAGCUACAGCCAGUGCUGGAGGAUGAAAUGCGAACCCCUUUGCUUGGCAUGGGAAGCCUGAAGGCUCCUGGGGAAACUGAGGCCCAAGGCAGGAGGAGCACCCAGGUGGAAGCCCGGUUGGGCGUCGCCGCCGCCGGCACCCCAGAGGGCGGUGGCACUGCCCUUGGGGCUCGGACACGAAGGAUGCUCCUUUCGGCUGGGACCUCCAGUACUCCCCGGGCACACGUCCCAAGCUGCCCCUCCCCCUCCCGGGCCCAACGGUUCCUCUCUCCUCCCCUCCCCCUCUCAACGGUCUUCCCUCUUCCCACGGGCGCGCGCUCAGGGGCAGUUGGGGCGGGAGCGCGCCGCCCCUGCCCAUCGCAGCUGGGGCGCGUGCACGGAAGGGUGCGUGUGCACGGCAGCCGGGCUCGCUCCCGCGCUCGCUCCCGGGCUGGCUGCGAGCACGCGGCGGCGACAGCACAGUCGUUCCCGGCUCCCCUCGUCCUUGUUCUCGUCCUUCGUCCUCUGCGGCUCCUCCGCGACCUCGCCCGGAGCUCAGGCCCCGCGAUGAAAGGUCUGUUGGGAAGAAAACUGAUUUUGGAGAAAGAAAACUGUCGAGAUGAGCAGUUUAAGAUCUCUUCCGUCGAUCUGGAAGACCAGCCGCUCCUUGGCGGGAUUUCAAGCACAGAAGACGAAAUCGUGACGGAGAUUUUCAGCCAAGACAGCCAAUUCAUUCCGGAGAACAUUAACCUGAAGAGUGCCGUGAUCAGUAAGCACGACGAUGAUGAAGAAUUCCAUUCCUUUAAAGACGCCUACUUCACGGCAGCCGACCCGCGGGAGACGCUGCUGCACUCCUUCAAUCCCCCCCUUAACGUCGAUUGCAACAAUAAAGUCAAGGUGGAGCGCCUGGUCGAUGAGAAUAACGAGGAAGAAAUCCUCGAAGACUAUUCCAGUCUGCCCGAGCUCAACCCUUUGGAGGAGACCAUGCUGCCCUCCCCCUCGCAGCUGCAGCCUCACGCCUACAACGUCCACUUCCUGUCUUCCUUAAGGACUCAGCAUAGGAACCCCACCAGUGUCCUGCCCCUGGGGGCCUGGGCAGCUCGGGAAGGAGCGGCUCAUCACAAUGUCCGAGUGAUUCCAGUGGAGAUAAGGGAAGCGGUGGGUACCAUUACCGCUAACAACCAGGAGGAAGCCGUUUUUCAGAAUGCCCAUGCUCAGGAGAGCUGCUGCAAGUUCCCUCCAUCACAAGAGCCAAUGGAGAAUUCCAGCUGUUCACAUAAGAAGGAGUCUAACCCAAUGGUAAUAUGUCAGUUGAAAGGGGGCACACAAAUGCUAUGUAUAAACAAUUCGGGCACAAGAGAGCUCAAAGCAGUUCAUUUGGUUCCUCAGUAUCAAGAGCAAAAUAAUUAUCUGCAGCCAGAUGUGUCUAAACCUUUGACUACCUUAGUUGGAAGAUUUCUGCCAGUACCAGCUAAAUUAAAUCUCAUCACACAGCAACUUGAUAAUGGCGCCUUAUCAUCUGUAGUUAAUGGAACCACCUUCCCUUCAGGAUCAAAUCUUCAAGGGCCAGCAAAAAUAACUUUAGCUGGAGUAACUCUUAGUUCAUGGGACUCAAAGUCUAAAAAGCCAUGUAACUGUACCAAAUCCCAGUGUCUCAAAUUGAAGCUUUCUUUUUCAUUUGAGCAAUUCAUUGCCAUUCAGCAGACAUAUAUUAAGCACCCGUGGUGUGCAAAGUACUGUGCAGUCCCUACCUUCAAGGAUCUUACCUUCUACCGAGGCAAGAGCCCCAAAGAGAGUUUGCCGAAAGUGUUUCCUAAUCCUUCGCAAAACCCCCUGGGGGUUCCCUCUGAUGGGCCCUUUAAAUCCGAGCUGCCCGUGGCCAUUGCUGCAGUUGAUCGGCCUGCUGCUGACAGGUGGGACAGUGAUGCAAGUGGCCAGCAGGGAGCAGAAAAAGACAUUGCUGGUGGUGACGGUGUCCAUCGUGGACAUUUCUACGGUUCAUUGCAGCUGACCUUCCUGAUGAAUACUUUUAACACUGCCUGUCUGGAUCGAAAUCCAGAAGCCUUCCAACCCAAGAUUGGGAAAGGAAAAUUGGGGGACAUUAAGCCUCGCCAUAACAAAGGGUGUAAUUGCAAGAGGUCAGGCUGCCUUAAGAAUUACUGUGAGUGCUACGAGGCCAAAAUUAUGUGUUCUUCUAUUUGCAAAUGUAUCGGUUGCAAAAAUUAUGAAGAAAGCCCAGAACGAAAAACCCUCCUGAACAUGCCCAACUACGUGGAGAUUGGAGGCUCUGAAGGCGGCCAUCUUUUUUCGCCAUCCAAGUUUGCUGUGUUGCCCAAGUUCAGGAAAGACAGGCCGCCUUAUACGUGUAUCUCCUGGGAAGUGGUGGAAGCGACCUGCGCCUGCCUCCUUGCCCAAGGGGAAGAGGCGGAGAAGGAACACUACUCGGAGUGCCUGGCUGAGCAGAUGAUCCUAGAGGAGUUUGGGAGGUGUUUGUCGCAGAUUCUUCACACAGAAUUUAAGUCCAAAGGGUUGAAGGUCGAGUAG